AUGUGCUACUAUGGCAACUACUAUGGAGGCCUGGGCUAUGGUUGUGGCGGCCUGGGCUGUGGCUAUGGCUCUGGAUAUGGUGGCUAUGGUUACACUCACUACCACCCAUGCUGCUAUGGAAGAUACUGGUCUUCUGGCUACUACUAAGAAUUUCUGAUUGCUGGCCACUUUGGGUUAUUUUCUUGUGAGACACUAGAUACAUCCACAGAGUUAUUCAUAACAUCAUUGUUACUGGCUGUCAAAAUUGGACCACAUCUAAUUUCUGACUCCCAUGGGUUG